AUGAAGCCAACCCCGCGCGUGGAGAUCAAACGACCCAGUAAGAACUCUCAUCAAAGGGUUCUGACGAGAGCCUUCCAGUCAUUAGAGCUAGGGCUUGCAUUGAUAGUGUACAUGGUGACAGUGGCGACCAUUGGCGUGUGGCUAUACACAACCAUACCGACCUGGGCUUCCAUGUCCGUAUCCAUGCAGCUCUGCUACGCCCAAAACACUCUAUGCUGGCUUCAAGGGGCAUUCUUCCGGCAAGAAUGUAACCCUUUCUCUUGUGCGGACUUUGAGAAGGCUGCUACGGAUGAGCACUUACCUACCAGCGUGCACUUAGACUAUGUGCUUGCCACGAACGGUGGAUCCAUUGUGGAGGAGUUCACAAGUCCGACAUUGGGUUAUAGGAAGCUGAGCAUGAAGGAGCGGGAACUAUACGAGUCUCGGGGAUUUCAUCUCCAACAUGUCAAAGUAUAUCCCCCUCCGAUUGUCAUCGAUUCUGAGGUUCGCAUAGCUCGCUGUUGGUCGUUUGCUGGUUCAACUGGGCAUAUUGCAAUAUCACUAUCAGAGCCUAUAAUCAUUUCACAUCUUUCUUUCCAUCAUCCAGACCACCGCGAACUUUCCGCUAGUCUUCUAUCACGAGCACCCUCCCGUUUUACACUCUGGUCACUCUUGCCAGACCCCCCGAGAGAUCAUCUCCUCAGGGAAGACCUUGUUUCAACAACCCAAUUUCAGAUCAGACAGACAAACAGCGCUCCAGAAGGAAGCCUUGUACACUUGGCCGACAUAGAGUACGAUGCCACCGAGGGACUACAAAUGGACGCCGCUAUAACAAACAACAGUGUAGUAUCGUCCAUGGUUAUUCUAGAGAUCAAAGAUAACAGAGGGCGAAUCAGACCUGUGUCUACCGAAUCUCGAUCCACCAUGCAGUUUAGGAGAUAG